GCCUGCACCAUGAACUACCAGCAGCAGCUGGCCAACUCGGCUGCCAUCCGGGCCGAGAUCCAGCGCUUCGAGUCGGUCCACCCCAACAUCUACUCCAUCUACGAGCUGCUGGAGCGCGUGGAGGAGCCGGUGCUGCAGAACCAGAUCCGGGAGCACGUCAUCGCCAUCGAAGACGCCUUUGUGAACAGCCAGGAAUGGACGUUGAGUCGCUCUGUCCCGGAGCUCAAAGUGGGAAUUGUGGGUAACUUGGCCAGCGGCAAGUCGGCGCUGGUGCACCGGUACCUGACCGGCACGUACGUGCAGGAGGAGUCUCCUGAAGGUGGCAGGUUCAAGAAAGAGAUUGUUGUCGAUGGACAAAGCUAUCUGCUGCUGAUCAGAGAUGAAGGGGGCCCCCCGGAGGCGCAGUUCGCCAUGUGGGUGGACGCUGUCGUGUUCGUCUUCAGCCUGGAGGACGAGAUAAGCUUCCAGACCGUGUACCACUACUACAGCCGGAUGGCCAACUACAGGAACACGAGCGAGGUCCCGCUCGUCCUGGUGGGGACCCAGGAUGCCAUAAGUUCCACCAACCCGAGGGUCAUCGACGACGCCAGGGCGCGGAAGCUGUCCAACGACCUGAAGCGGUGCACGUACUACGAGACGUGCGCCACGUACGGGCUGAACGUGGAGAGGGUCUUUCAGGAUGUCGCCCAGAAGAUUGUUGCCACAAGGAAGAAGCAGCAGCUGUCCAUAGGACCCUGCAAGUCAUUACCCAAUUCUCCAAGCCAUUCCUCUGUCUGUUCCGCACAGGUGUCCGCCGUGCACGUAAGCCAGACAAGCAAUGGAGGUGGGAGUCUGAGCGACUAUUCCUCCUCCGUUCCGUCGACUCCGAGCACCAGCCAGAAGGAACUGCGGAUCGACGUCCCUCCCACUGCCAACACGCCGACGCCCGUCCGUAAGCAGUCCAAGCGCCGGUCCAACCUCUUCACCUCUCGGAAAGGGAGCGACCCAGACAAAGAAAAGAAAGGCCUGGAGAGUCGGGCGGACAGCAUCGGGAGCGGCCGAGCCAUCCCGAUUAAACAGGGCAUGCUGUUGAAGCGAAGUGGCAAAUCACUGAAUAAAGAGUGGAAAAAGAAAUACGUCACCCUGUGUGACAAUGGCGUGCUGACCUACCAUCCGAGUUUACAUGAUUACAUGCAGAAUGUUCAUGGUAAAGAGAUUGAUCUGCUGAGAACCACUGUGAAAGUCCCAGGGAAGAGGCCCCCCCGAGCCACGUCGGCCUGCGCGCCCAUCUCCAGCCCUAAAACCAAUGGCCUGUCCAAGGACAUGAGCAGUUUACACAUCUCACCCAAUUCAGGGAAUGUCACUAGUGCAUCUGGGUCUCAGAUGGCAAGCGGCAUCAGCCUGGUCUCCUUCAACAGCCGACCCGACGGCAUGCACCAGCGCUCCUACUCAGUCUCCAGUGCCGACCAGUGGAGUGAGGCUACGGUCAUUGCAAACUCGGCCAUCAGCAGUGACACGGGGCUGGGCGACUCCGUCUGCUCCAGCCCGAGUAUCUCCAGCACCACCAGCCCCAAGCUCGACCCGCCCCCGUCCCCGCACGCCAACAGAAAGAAGCACCGAAGGAAGAAAAGUACCAGCAACUUCAAGGCCGACGGUUUCUCCGGCACUGCUGAAGAACAAGAAGAAAACUUCGAGUUUAUCAUUGUGUCCCUCACUGGCCAGACAUGGCACUUCGAAGCCACCACCUACGAAGAGCGGGACGCAUGGGUCCAGGCCAUCGAGAGCCAGAUCCUAGCCAGCUUACAGUCCUGCGAGAGCAGCAAGAACAAGUCCCGACUGACAAGCCAGAGUGAGGCCAUGGCCCUGCAGUCGAUCCGGAACAUCCGCGGGAACUCCCACUGCGUGGACUGCGAGACCCAGAAUCCCAACUGGGCCAGUCUGAACUUGGGCGCCCUCAUGUGCAUCGAGUGCUCGGGGAUCCACCGGAAUCUUGGCACCCACCUUUCCCGAGUCCGAUCUCUGGACCUCGACGACUGGCCGAUCGAACUCAUCAAGGUGAUGUCGUCCAUCGGGAACGAGCUGGCGAACAGCGUCUGGGAAGAGGGCAGCCAGGGGCGGACGAAACCCUCGUUAGACUCCACCAGGGAAGAGAAGGAGCGGUGGAUCCGGGCCAAGUACGAGCAGAAGCUCUUCCUGGCCCCACUGCCGUGCACAGAGCUGUCCCUGGGCCAGCACCUGCUGCGGGCCACUGCCGACGAGGACCUGCGGACGGUCAUCCUGCUGCUGGCGCACGGCUCCCGGGACGAGGUGAACGAGACCUGCGGGGAGGGAGACGGCCGCACGGCGCUGCACCUGGCCUGCCGCAAGGGGAACGUGGUCCUGGCGCAGCUCCUGAUCUGGUACGGGGUGGACGUCAUGGCCCGCGACGCCCACGGGAACACGGCGCUGGCCUACGCCCGGCAGGCCUCCAGCCAGGAGUGCAUCGACGUCCUGCUGCAGUACGGCUGCCCUGACGAGCGCUUCGUGCUCAUGGCCACCCCCAACCUGUCCAGGAAGAACAAUAACCGGAACAACAGCAGCGGGAGGGUGCCCACCAUCAUCUGAGGAGCAGCCGUGCCCACCCACCACCCCGCCAGGCCUGGGACGCGGCAGCCUCGCCGCGCACUGGAAGUUGCAGCACGUGAGUCCCGUCGCAUCCCCUCACUGUUCCUGGUGGUCACCUCCCACCCACCCGCCCACUCUCACCCAAAACGAAAUCACAAAGCCCGGACAUCCUCAAAGGGCAAAGAGGAGGCCAGGAGGCUGCAGAAUCGAUCCCUUUUCAUAAACUCCCCUAAACAACAAACAGGAGAGACCGACGGGGCCUUGGUUCUUCGAUGAUAGCACACGGUGCGGGACCCUUGUCCUGGUGGCACAAGGGACGGGGACUCGAGGGGGAGAGGAGGUGAGGAACAAGGAGAAGGGGCAACUUUCCUUAACCGGCAGUUAAGCACAUCAGUACAUUUCACCUCUACCAAACGGAACACUUGGAUUUCAUCUCUUCUCCGAGGAGCUUGACGGCAUAAAUCAGAGGCAAGCACAGAGUUUGUCAGGUUUGAAGCCCCUAUGAUGGUAUGUGUCAAAUCAGUUGUAGCUAAUCUGUCCAGGGAGAAUACUGGCUUCAUUACACUUGUAUAGUUGAGUUCUUGCAGCAUUACCGCUGUUUAAUAGAACAUGAUUAGUCAUCACCGAGAAGAAAGCAUAUUAGCCGAGGAGGUAGUUACGCGGCACGCUCCGGUGAUUGCCACGAUGUGAUUGCAAUACUCUUAGAAGCAUCAUAUUAUCCCAGACAUGUUCUUUCAAGCCCUUGGAGCCCUCCUUUCUAAAUUCACUGUCAUAAUUUAGUAUCUGUUUAAUUUUUCAGUCCAAAGAGAGGAAAUCAGUUGCUGAGUAUUAUUUGACUGCAGUCUCCUUGGUGCAAAAACAAAAUGGAAAAAAUAAAUAAGAAUAACUCAGAAAUUCAAAAGGAAAUCACAAAUUCAGCUAAUAAUAGCAUUUUGAGUACAUUCGGUAAACCGAGUAAAUACAUAAAAGGCUAUUUUUUCCGAACAUAAGAGAUAUUUUAUGUCCUUUUGCCAAGGUGGAUGUGUCGGGUCUCAGCCACUCCUGGGCCACGUUGCCCAAGUUACACAGGCUUCUGUAUUGUGUCUUUAGAUAAGAUGUGUGAAAAUCUAUUUGAAUAAAAGAAGUUCAUAAAUAUGCAUUGAUUUUU